AUGGUCCCUGCCCGGCCCCACUCUUUGCCCGUGCUUCCACUUGCUUUUCCAGAUGCUGUCUAUUUGGUCGAUGCUAUUCAAGGUGGGAAAGUGCUGAUGAAUGCCUGUAAGCCUGCUCUUGAAUCUAGUUACAUUCACCUUCUCAUCUUCUCAUCUCUCCUCAACAAGCUCUCCGCGGUAGCAGCGGUUUGUCCACAGAGACGACCAGUCCUCUUGGCAGCAAUAAGACCAACCUUUUGCCCAGGUGGUGCAUCACGGCGAAACAGUGCUGGCAUGACUAAUAUGUUGAUGGUUACCACCACCAUGGGGAUGCUCCACGGGGUGUUUUGCUUUAUGGUCCACCUGGUACAGAAAUACUUGGAUGAGGGUCCUCGAAUGGUUCGUAAUGUCUUUCGUCUUGCCAAAGAGAAUGCGCCUGCAAUUAUUUUGAUUGAUGAGGUAGAUGCCAUUGCAACUGCUAGAUUUGAUGCACAAACUGAAGCAAAAAAUGCUUGUAUGAUUAUGAUAAUAGGACAAGUGGGGGUGGCAGCUGGAUCAGAAGGAAGUGCACACGAUACUCGGAUCUUCUUGGAUACAAUUAGGAAUCCUAAUUAUAAUUUUUCAAAACCACAAGGAG